UCCCUCUAUUUAAAACCCUCAGCCUUCGCCUCAAAACACAAACUCUCUAAACCCCAAAAACCAAAGCCUUAACCUCCAAUAUCUCCGGUUACGAAACAACAAUGCCUGCCAUUCCCGAAGAACCCUUACUCGCUCCAAACCCAGAUCGCUUCUGCAUGUUCCCAAUUCAAUACCCUCAGAUAUGGGAAAUGUACAAGAAAGCCGAAGCCUCCUUCUGGACUGCAGAAGAAGUUGACCUCUCCCAAGACCUCCGUCACUGGGACUCCCUCACCGACGGCGAACGCCACUUCAUCACCCACGUCCUGGCCUUCUUCGCGGCCUCAGAUGGCAUCGUUUUGGAAAACCUCGCCGGACGCUUCAUGAAAGAAAUCCAAGUCUCCGAGGCACGCGCCUUCUACGGCUUCCAAAUCGCCAUCGAAAACAUUCACUCCGAAAUGUAUAGCCUCCUCCUCGAAACCUACAUAAAAAACUCCGAAGAGAAAAACCGCUUGUUCCACGCCAUUGACACCGUUCCUUGCGUCAAGAAGAAAGCCGAGUGGGCCCUACGCUGGAUCGACGCCUCCGAUUCCUUCGCCGAACGACUCGUCGCAUUCGCGUGCGUCGAAGGGAUAUUCUUCUCUGGAAGCUUCUGCGCCAUUUUUUGGCUCAAGAAGCGCGGGUUAAUGCCUGGUCUAACCUUUUCGAACGAGCUUAUUUCACGCGACGAGGGGCUUCAUUGUGAUUUCGCGUGCUUGCUGUAUUCUUUGAUGAGGAAGAAGCUGAGUGAGGAGCGCGUGAGGGAGAUCGUGCGUGAUGCGGUGGAGAUAGAGAGGGAGUUUGUGUGCGACGCGCUUCCCUGUGCGUUGGUGGGAAUGAAUGGGGAUUUGAUGAGUCAGUAUAUUGAGUUUGUGGCGGAUAGGUUGUUGGAUGCACUUGGGUGUGGGAAGGUGUAUAAUGUGCAGAACCCGUUUGAUUGGAUGGAGCUGAUUUCGCUGCAGGGCAAAACUAACUUUUUUGAGAAGCGCGUUGGGGAGUAUCAGAAGGCUUCCGUUAUGUCGAGUUUAAACGGCAAUGGUGGGGCCCACGUGUUCAAGAUGGAUGAAGACUUCUAAUUUAUGAUAAUCACUUCUAGAACCC